AAAGUACCAAAUUUUUAACCAUGAUAUCACUUAUCUUAGCAUAUAUCCAUAGCCACUUGCCCUCGCACACGCAGCAGCACCACUCAAUUCGUACAAUUCUCUCAAGUAUAAAUUAGAGGGGAGGCCAAACCAAAACUGGAUUUAUUUCAUAACCUUAAUUACUAGUUGGUCUUUCUUUCUAGUUUAUGGCAAUUGCAGCAACCAUGAGCCACAACACAAACAACGAGCAAAACAACAACAAUAACGAUUGCAACAGCAACAGCAACAACAAAGAUGAUGACCAUGAGCAUGACAUGGUUAUGCCAGGAUUUCGUUUCCAUCCAACUGAAGAAGAACUUGUCGAGUUCUACCUUCGCCGUAAGGUUGAGGGCAAACGCUUCAAUGUGGAACUCAUCACUUUCUUAGAUCUUUAUCGCUAUGAUCCUUGGGAACUUCCUGCUUUAGCAGCUAUUGGAGAGAAAGAAUGGUUCUUCUAUGUCCCUAGAGACAGGAAAUAUCGAAACGGGGAUCGACCCAAUCGUGUGACUACUUCUGGCUACUGGAAGGCAACAGGAGCUGACCGGAUGAUCCGAACUGAGAAUUCAAGAUCAAUUGGUUUAAAGAAAACCCUAGUUUUCUACUCCGGGAAAGCUCCUAAAGGAAUCCGAACUAGUUGGAUCAUGAAUGAAUACCGGUUGCCACACCAUGAAACUGAACGAUACCAAAAGGUUGAAAUAUCACUUUGCCGCGUCUACAAGAGAGCUGGAGUAGAAGAUCAUCCAUCCCUCCCUCGUUCACUUCCAUCACGGGCAUCCUCAUCGAGGGGGCCUCAAUCUGACAAGAAACACCAAAGUCAUCUCACGUUGGAAAGAUUUCAACCUUUUGUAGGACAAUCAUCGCAACAAAUUGAAAUGGAAAAGAUGAGUGAAACAGAUGCAAGCAGCAGCUCAGAUGUCACAACUGCUCUUGGACUCUCCAAGCAUAACAGUAACGCAUACCAUCCAACCCCUCCAAUUAGCAACUCACUUGGACUUCCAGCUUCAGUAGGAGAAGGAAUGUUUCUAAACCUGCCCAAGCAAGCUUCCAGCUCUUUAAUCCCUAGCUUCACUAAUCUAUUCUCUGUUACAUCCUCCGUAUCGUCGAGUCCAGUAGAUGAUCUGCAUAGACUACUUAACUACCAACAAGCUAGCAUUAAUCAUCAUCAUCAUCAUCAGCAGCAGCAGCAGCAACAAUUUUAUCUUCUUCAACAACCACAACACCAAUCCUCACAGCUUUCUAGUAUGACACCACAAACAUCGCAGCAGCUGCCUCUCAACAUGCUACCAGAAUUGCUACCACCCACCUUUCCAGACAGACUAUGGGAGUGGAAUCAAAUGCCAGAAGCAAAUAGAGACUUCAAUAACCCAUUCAAGUAACCAAUGGAGUGCACAUAUAUAGGUAGAUUAUACUUUGAAGCUGCUAGUGAUAUAUCUAGUACUCUCCUUUGAUUUAUAUAUGGAUAUUAAUCUACUCUAAUGGCUUUAGCUUGCUGAUAUGACUUAUAAAAAUUUAUGUUUGAUUA